AUGCCGGCGUUCCAAAGCAAGAAGUUCCGGUCUUCCGCCGAUAUGAACCGUAUCGGCAUGCGAUAUCGCAACCUGAUGAACAAGCAUCCCUUCCUCAUGUUCGGACUCCCCUUCAUCUCCGUCAUCGUUGCCGGCUCUUUCGUCCUCACCCCCGCCACUGCCGUCCGCUACGAACGCUAUGAUCGCAAGGUUCGCCAGAUGACCAAGGACGAAGAGCUCAAUGUGCGCCGAUCUGCAAGGAAGGUGGAUAUGAAAGAGGAAUACUACAGACUUGCUGGCAAGGACCUUGACGAUUGGGAACAGAAGCGUGUGAAGCGACUUCCUGGUGAGAAUGAUGGCUUGCUGUAA